UCAUAAAACACUAGCACAAUGGAGAGAAAUAUACACAGAGUGAAAUGGAGUAUGCACAUUUUUGUUAUAAUUUUUAAUCUUUUGCAAUUACAACUAUUUACUAUUGCUGAUAGAGGCACUUAUGUGCCUUCAGAGAACAUAGUUAUUAACUGUGGCUCAAGUGCAUCAGAAGUUACAGAAUAUGAUGGUAGGAACUGGACUGGUGAGCAAGCACCACCAAGUCGUCUCAAAUUUCGGUCACAGUUCACAUACACAUUCAAUGUAACACCAGGUCCGAAAUUCGUCCGGCUUCACUUCUAUCCAGCUUCUUACUUGGGUAUGGAUGUCUCCAAAGCGUUUUUGUCCGUUACCGCUGGUAACUUCACUCUACUCCACAACUUGAGUGUUCCCUUAAACACGGAUUACUUCCACGUAGCAUAUUUGAUGAAAGAAUUCAUCAUCCAUGUAAGCGGAAGCACUUUGGAACUCACAUUCUCCCCAUCGUCGAAUGCCACUGCUGCCUUUGCAUUUGUGAAUGGGAUUGAAGUUGUUUCAAUGCCAUUUAGCUUAUACUUUCGUUGUCUCAAUGCUCCUCUACCGUUAGUUGGUCACUAUCCUGCACUUUAUUACAUUUGUAAUGAUACUGCCAUGGAAACCUUAUACAGAUUAAAUGUAGGAGGUGAUCAAAUUACACCAAAAUAUGAUACAGGGACGAUGUUUCGCACAUGGGAGGAAGAUGAUCCUUACAUAUUUGGGGGUGAUAAAGGUAUUGAACCCUUCAACAUGAGCAUGCCGAUUUCGUACGCAAAUGGUGUUCCUCCUUAUGCUGCCCCGAAAGAUGUCUACCGCACUUCCCGUUCAAUGGAAACCUUUAAGGCAGGCUUGAUCAACUUAAACUUCAACAUGACGUGGUUUUUCCCUGUUGAUUCUGGAUUCAAGUAUCUUGUAAGGCUUCACUUCUGUGAAAUUUAUAGCCAAAUCACGAAGGUGAAUGAAGUUGUGUUUUCUAUAUACUUAAAUAAUCAAACAGCUGAUGCAAGUUUUGAUCCAAUAAGCGUGAGUGGGGGCCCUGGAGUUGGUGUAUACCAAGAUUAUGUGGUCAUGGUUUCCAGAGCUAGCGAGGCAAAGCAGGAUUUGUGGCUAGAUCUCCACCCAAACAAGUAUUCCAAACCUCUGUACUACAAUUCAUACUUGAAUGGUGUAGAGAUCUUUAAACUAAGCAGUACCGAUGAGAAGAAUCUUUCUGCGCUUAAUCCUUCCCCUCUCGAUAGCAAUUUACGCUCAGGUGUAAAAGCUUCCCAUGCUAUAGUUAAAAACUCAAAGAAACUCACGUUCAUCCUCAUCGUAUGUGGAACUGCUGCAGUGGUUAUACUAGUUCUCCUGUGUCUAAUUCUGUGCAAGAUCAAUAUGCCAAGGAGGAUCAUAUCAUGGUUUGAUCGCUUUUCCAUCAAAACUAACAAUGUCAAAGAAGUAAACAAGAUACCGUUUGGCGCUCAUAUUCCAUUGCAAGAGAUAAAGGCGGCAACAGGCAACUUUGACGAGGCUCUAAUCAUCGGCAUAGGCGGAUUUGGAAAGGUUUACAAGGGUAGUUUUGAUGGUGGGGAUACUUAUGUAGCUGUAAAGCGUGGUGAUUCAUUGUCAGAACAAGGUGCUCUAGAAUACAAGACUGAGAUCGAAUUUCUCUCGAAGCUGCGGCAUCACAACCUGGUGUCUCUUUUGGGCUACUGCAAUGAAGAUGAGGAGAUGAUACUUGUAUAUAACUUCAUGGCCAGUGGAACGCUCCAUGAUCAUCUCCAUUUGAGACAGAGAGAUCAUACCCCCUUAUCGUGGAUCCAACGUCUCGAUAUAUGCAUUGGAGUUGCAAAAGGUUUGCACUAUCUGCACACAGGGACACAGCAGAGGAUCAUACACCGCGACAUCAAGACAACCAAUAUACUCUUAGACCAUAAUUGGGUGGCAAAAAUUUCUGAUUUUGGGUUGUCAAAGUCAAGUUACCCAUCCUUUAGCACCACCAAUGUGAAGGGAAGUUCUGGUUAUCUUGAUCCAGAGUAUUGUAAAUUCCACAAGUUGACCGAGAAGUCGGAUUUAUACUCACUCGGGGUUGUGCUGCUGGAGGUUCUAAGUGCAAGGCCUGCUGUGAGUCAAGGUGACGUAGACAACAACAAUGACGAGCCUCUGAUGUUGGCUGAAUUUGCUAAGUUAUGCUUUGAGAAUGGCAAUUUGGAGCAGAUAGUAGAUCCCAAAAUAGAAGGAGAGAUAGUAAAAGAGUGCUUUGAGGUAUAUUUAGGAGUUGCAAUGAAGUGUUUGGCUGAAAGAGGUGUGGAGAGGCCAUCUACCGGUGAUGUUCUGCAGAAUCUUGAACUCGCAAAGCGAUUGCAGAGAAAUGGUGGUGUUACUCGUGAGAGAAAUACGCAAAGGAAUAGUAAUCAUGCUCUACAGGGCAAUUCUGAUUUGACUCCUGGGAUUGAGUUUUCUGAUCUCAUAAUGCCUGUUGGUAGAUGAACUAUAUAUAUAGUUCCUUAUAUAUUAUUACUUAUCCAUAAAUCUAACAAAAUGAAGCAUUUCAUUACA